UACGGCAAGUUCACUAUUCCUCGGUACCCGGCAGCUGACAGUUUCUUCAGUUCGUGUCGCGCGACCGGUGUAACACACGUUCCGUCCGUACCGUUUCUGAACCGUAUUAUGAUAUUUUUUCAGUGCACUGACAAUUGGUUUAUUAGUUUUUUGUGCCUGUGCGGUUGUCUGCUGCACUUGACGGUGUAUUAGAUUUACUAUUCAUCACUCGUCUUCUCAACUGGGCGAUUUUGCAAACACCGAAACGAAUAAGACCGAUACUUUUAAUUACUUUUUGCAACCAAGCAUCGGAUUUUUAUUAAAAUAUAAAAUACCUGAUUCACCGAGAUUAAAGUCAGUUAUAGAAAGAAAGAAGCAUCUCCCAAACAGCAAAAAAUUGAAAUCACAAAUUAAUAUAUCGUGCCUUUAUUGGAUAUCAUGUCACUAAAUUUCGGAUCGGAUAUGAAAACCGAAGUUUUCAUUGUGAUAACAUGUUGAGUUGAAUAACGGCAAAUAAUGUCAUCGACAGAGGACGAAAUAUGUUCGUCUAUCGGUUUGGUUGGGAAAUAUAUUGGUUGACAGUAGUGAUCUUGGUACAGUUUUCUACUGCCAACAGACCUCCACAGUUCGUUACCGAUUGGCAAACCGAAAUAAUUGUUCGCCUAAAAGAAGGACCAGAGACUCCUGUCGGAAGUCUCAUAUACCGGGUUCGUGGUAUUGAUCCUGACGGCGAUAAAUUAAUUUUUGGCGUCCGAGAACCUGGCAAUAAAGUCAUAAGAAUUGAAAAUUUUGGAAAAAGUGAAGCUAAUAUUUAUUUGAAAAUCGAAUUAGAUCGUGAAGCGAAAGACGAAUAUUCUUUAGUAUUGACCUUGACUGAUGGUCAUUUAGGAGAUGGGAAUUUUAUUACUCAGAGUUUCUUGUUGAUUGUAGAUGACAUCAAUGACAAUGCGCCUAUAUUCAAGCCAUAUCAAAACACAAUAUUUGUACCGGAGGACAGUCCACCUACGAUUAUUGCAACGGUUGAGGCCACCGAUGCAGACGAAGGCCCAUAUGGACAGGUAGUUUAUCAUUUGCAAGACACAGAUGCAAUAGAAAAUGGACUGUUUUCUAUAUCCACGAUAAACGGCCAAGGAGUGAUUCGUCUUGUGGGGAACUUAGAUUAUGAAAAAUCAUCACUUCAUCAACUAAAAAUAUUAGCCGUGGAUCGUGCAACCGUUGAAAAGAGAAAUACCGGUACAGCUGCAAUAUUUGUGAAAGUACAAGAUGUCGAAGACCAACCACCUGAGUUCGUUGUUGUUACUCCAGUAGCUAGAGUUAGCGAAGAUGCACCGCCAGGGACUUCAAUACUUCAAGUAAAAGCAAUCGAUGGAGAUCGUGGUAUAGAUAAUCGCAUUGUAUAUUCAAUUACACGUGGUGGUAAUGAAAUGUUGCAAGUUGAACCUAACUCCGGUAUUGUCUACACCACAAGCAUUUUGGAUCGAGAAGAUCCGUUUAUUAUUAAAACUGGUGCUAUUAUUAUCGAGAUCAUGGCCACUGAAGACUCGAAAAACGUGUUUCCUAGUCCAUGGACGAAAACUGAAGUUACUAUAAUCGUAACAGACGUAAACGAUGAAACUCCGACGUUCCGUAGCCUUCAGUACAUUGCUGAAGUUAACGAGAAUGCUCAACAAAAUACUCCUGUAAAUUUUAUUGGAGACUCAAUACCACAAGUUUAUGAUUACGACCAAGGGAAAAAUGGUACGUUUCGUUUACGAAUUCAACAAGGCCGUAUUGGGUAUUUUGAUAUUACGCCAUCCGAAGGUAUUAAUGAAGCAUCAUUUCUUAUACGCGUAAACAAAACAGCUAAUUUGGAUUAUGAAAUUGUUAAAGUGAUUAAUUUUACGAUCGUCGCCAUUGAAACAAUAGCUAAUAAUCCAAAAUAUAGCAUUGUACCAGUUUCGAUUUAUCUAAGAGAUGUUAAUGAUAACUACCCAGAGUUUUCACAACCAAUGUAUGAAGUUUUUGUUUAUGAAAACUCUGUUUCUGGUAUGACUAUUGGAAAAGUUAAAGCCACAGAUAAAGAUUCAGGAGUUUUUGGGACUAAUGGUAUACGAUAUACAAGUAUUAGAGGAAGUUGUGCGGAUUUUCUCAGAUUAAAUGCAGAAACUGGAGAAAUUGUUAUACAAUCAGAUAGACCUGUAUUUGAUCGUGAACAGAUAUCUAAACACUUUUUAACAAUAGAAGCACGGGAUGAUUUGGGUUUAGGAAAUAGGAAUACCGUUCAAUUAAUUAUAAAUGUGGAAGAUGUUAAUGACAACUCGCCACGAUUCCUGUCUUCUAAAUACGAAACAAGACUAAAAGAAAAUCAUUUAAUUUUUGAAUCUCCAGUUACCGUAGAAGCAAGAGAUUUAGAUUUAAAUGGCACUAAAAAUUCUGAAAUAUCGUAUCGUAUACUACAUUCGGAUUAUUCGAUUGAAAGUUUUUCAAUUGACUCUAUUACGGGAUUUUUAAAACCAAUAAGACCUGUAGAUUUUGAAAAGCUACAAAAUCGAAAAAGUGUUAAUAGUAUCAAUGGAAAUCUUCGACCUAUUAAUUUGGUUGUCCAAGCACAAGACCAUGGUUCGCCAUCACUUUCCGAUGAAACUCACGUUGUUAUAUAUGUAGAGGAUGUUAAUGAUUUUGGGCCAAAAUUUGAAAGCAAAAGUUAUGAAACAUCUAUAUCUGAAGAUUUAUCUGGUGGCAGUACGGUUUUGAAGGUAAACGCAUGGGACGAAGAUGGAUCAGCUCCAAACAACGUUGUAGUGUACAGGCUUAGUAGUGGAGCUGAAGAUAAAUUUGUAAUCGAUGCUUAUACAGGUGUGAUUAAAGUCGCAAAUGGCGCAUCAUUGGAUCCGGAUAAAACUCAACCAAAAACAUAUGUGUACUAUUUGGAAGUUGUGGCGAUUGAUGGGGGAAUUGGUGAUCAACAACUCAGUUCCACAGUAAACGUAACGAUUAAAAUCCUAGAUGUGAAUAACAAACCUCCGUUUUUUAAAGAAAUGGAACCUGUUCAUGUAAAAGAAAAUGAAUUGGUUGGAAAUGUGAUUACAAAAGUUGAAGCAGAAGAUCCGGAUGCCAAACCGGUGUUGCGAUAUAAAAUCGACGUGAAUGCUUCAGAAGCUAGAAAUGAAGAUGGGGUGAUUGUUAGACCAACUGAGUAUGAUUGGCCGUCCGCGUUUGUAUUAACUCCCGUCGAUGGUUAUUUAAAAGUAGGCAAACUGUUAGAUCGAGAAAAAGUUGAAACAAUUCGGUUAGCUCUCGUUGUCGAAGAUAUUGCCGCAGUAAAUGGCAAGCAAAUUGUUGAAACCAUUUUAAUUGUUCAUGUUGAUGACGAAAAUGAUAAUGAUCCGGUGUUCCGUCAAAAAGUCUAUAAAAGAACUGUGAUGGAAAAUAGUCAACCUGGUGUACCAAUUAUCACUGUCAUGGCAGAUGAUACCGAUAAAAACCGAACUAUGCAUUAUUCGAUAGAAGAUUCAUCUACAGACGCUACAGAUUUGAUUAGGUUAGAUCCAGAGUCUGGAGAGAUUGUAGUGGCUGGCCGAAUUGACCAUGAACAGGUACACUGGAUAAAUGUCAGUGUCCGUGCGUCUGACAACGGAGUUCCAGUUCGGUAUUCGUUCGCUGACGUUAUUUUACGCGUGAUCGAUGAAAACGACAACAAUCCAUACUUUAUUGAAGACACACCAACCAACAUAACAAUCCCGGAAAAUACUCCGAUUGGGUCAUCAGUCGCAGUAAUCACUGCAAUGGAUGCAGAUUCUGGAGACUUUGGUAAAAUCACAUAUUUGUUAGAUCGUAUUUCAUCCCAGGAAAAAUUUACGAUCGAUACAAAUAGCGGUGUAUUGAAAGUGGCUGAUUCAUUAGACCGAGAACAAACGAAUACCUAUAAUUUAAUUGUUGAAGCAUGGGAUAAUUAUCAGUUCGGAUACGUUUCCGGCGAAAGUCGGAACGCCUUCAAACAAAUUAUGGUUACAGUUUCUGAUAUUAAUGAUAACGCUCCGUUAUUUGACCGUUUGCCAUCUGAAUGCAUUGUUGUAACAGAAUUUCAUACAAUUGGUGAUAUGGUUUUACUAAUAAAAGCUACCGAUGCAGACGACCCGAAUACAGUCAACGGUCAAAUAAUGUUUUCCAUCGAAGAUGGUAAUGAAAGGGAGUUAUUCGCUUUGGAUAAUGUCGAUUAUUGGUCUAGUCGCCUAUACACAACAUCGUCGUUAAGAAAUCUAUAUGGAAAUUAUAGUCUUUUAAUUCGAGCUCAAGACGGUGGGGAUCCUCAAAAGUCAAAUUUAGCCACCGUGAACGUUUGCGUUACUGAUGUAAAUGAUAAUGCUCCUCGUUUUAUAUCACCUCCAUAUAAUGUUACUGUUAGGUUGCUCCAAAAUAUGACCAUUGGAAGCUCGGUGAUUUCUGUAAAAGCUAUAGAUGACGACAUCGGCCAAAACGCAGAAGUCAGAUAUCGUCUUAAACAAGAUCUAAUGGGUGAUUGGAAGACAUUUUCGGUGGACGAGAUAACCGGGAUGAUUACAUUGAAAAAAUCCUUAAACAAAGAAAUCCAAAAAAUCUACCAGAUUCGUGUAGAAGCUUAUGAUCUUGGAGUACCAACACCACUCUCGUCUGAUUUAGAACUUACUAUUCAUGUGAAGAGUACCAAUGACUUCCAGCCUAGAUUUUUAAUUAAUGAGAUCACUGUAAAUUUCACUGAACAUCGCGAACCAGGAUCCGAAUAUUGGCAGCUUAUUGAUACAGUUGAUAUAGAAGAGCUAAACGAUUUAGAAAAAUCACCGCCACCGGUUUGUUAUUAUGUAGUUUCUGGAAACGAUGAAAAUCGAUUUAUAGUCGAACCACUUAAUCAUAGAAUUUCUGUUGCUUAUGAACUUGAUCGUGAAGUCAAAGAAACUUAUGAACUAGUCGUGAAAGCCAGUGAAGACUGUUUACAUUCUCCUCCACCUAAUCAGGAUUUAAAUCAAGAUGAUGACAGUUUACUUAAAGUUUAUGUUUUUGUUAAUGAUAUAAACGACCAUGCUCCAGUAUUUGUGAAACGAGUAUUUACUGGUGGCGUUACUACAGAAGCUGAUUUCGGUGUUGAGUUUAUGCAAAUAAAGGCAAUUGACGUGGAUAAAGGAAAAAACGCAGAAUUGUCUUAUUACAUAAUUCCUGGUUCUUUAGAAGUAUCUCUUGCUGAAGGUUUGGAUAGUAUACAAUAUCCUCCCUUUUUGGUAGACAUAGCAACUGGAGCAAUCUAUUUAAACUUUGACCCUCAAAAAGGAAUGAAAGGUUAUUUCGAUUUCAAAGUGUUGGUUAACGACACCGGUGGGUUAUAUGAUACAGCAAGGGUACUGAUUUAUUUGCUACGCGAAGACCAGAGAGUGAGAUUUGUUGUGCGACAAAAUCCAUCGCAAUUGCGAGAGAAGGUUGAAAUAUUCAGAGAAAUCUUGGGCAAUGUUACUGGUGCUAUUGUAAAUGUCGAUGAGUACAAAGUUCACGAGACCCACGAUGGUAGAGUCGACAAAACGAGAUCAGACAUGUAUCUACAUUUCGUCGAUCACCGCGAUAAUUCCAUCAUGGAAGUUCCACACGUUUUGGGGAUUAUUGACGAAAACAUCGAACAUUUAGAUUCUUUAUUCAAAGAGUUCAACGUGCUUGACACACAAGCUGCCGAUCCGGAACCAUUGCGUCGAGCUUCGAUGAAAGAAGACAAUGUGAUUUGGAUGUGGUUGGUCGGAACCACAUUUUUCUUAGGAUUACUAUUGAUUGUUGUCGUGUCCAUAUGUCUGUCGCAGCGUUCGAAUUACCGUAGACAACUCAAAGCGGCCACUAUUAGCGCGUUUGACCCAAGAACGCCGGAUCACAUCAGUUCAACUGCCAUCGGAGGCCGUGUACCGAACACGAAUAUGCAUAGUGUUGCCGGAUCAAAUCCCAUGUGGAUGCAAGCGUAUGAAAACGAAUGGUACAAGGAUAGAGAAACUUUAAGCCAAACGUCAGAACGUGAUUCUUUGGACGACAAUACGACUACCAGUACCACGUCUCCCCAGCCAAUAGAACGCUCGACGACUACGCUGUUCAUCAAAAGUAACGAUUGUAACGUACACACCGGCAGUGCCGACAAUUACUACGAACGGACAAGGAUCACUGUGAAAAACUUGGAAACUACGGAGUUAUGACAUUCAACCAGAAAGAUAGCCGUGAAAUCUUUUAGCGUUCCGUCAAGUUCAAAACACGGUGACUUGACCGAGGAAUACAACGAUUUUUUUUAACCAUAUUAUAAUAGCAAAGUGUAUAUUGUAUAGUAUGUGUGAUAAGGCUGAUGCUGUAUCUUCUUAUAUAUCGAAUAUUUUUUUAAAAUAGCCUAUAUUAUAGUACAAUACAAAAAAAUCUACUUAAUUUUAUAAGAGAAUGUCGGUACAACAAUUUAAAUGUUUUCAGAUGAACUAUUGCAAUUGUUUCCAAACAUUUGAUAUCAUUAUUUAAAAAAAAAAAUAUAUAUAAAAUU